GUUUUGUCCAAUUCUCGAUGAUUGCCGCUGAUGCAAUUCGGAUUUUUACUUUUUCAUGUUUAACAAUAUCUUUAAUUUAGAGUUACAAUGGCUGAUAAGAGUGAUCUAAUUGAAUUUAGAGAAAGGCAAGAAAAUGAAGUAGAAGUUUUGAAAGCUAUAUUUAUGGAUGACUUUCAGGAUAAAACUCGAGACCCCUCGCAAGGUCUUGAGGUUCACCUUCAUUUGAUGCCACAGCAAGGUAUGAGUGGUAGUGGGGAUGUCCAUGUCAUGGCUGAUAUGACUAUUAUCUGCCCUCCUAAAUACCCAGACCAAUUACCAACAGUUACAAUAGAAAAUGGCAGGGGAAUAUCAAAAGAAAAAUUGAAGCAAGUAAAAAAGGAGGUGGAUAACAUGGCAAAGAAACUGCGUGGUGAAGUAAUGAUAUUAGAGCUAGCACAGCACGUCCAGCAGUUCUUGCACAGCCAUAACGUGCCUGGCCCCAAGUCUUUCUAUGAAGAGAUGAUGAGUAAUCAGAAGAGAGCAGAGGAGAAGGUGGAAAGAGACAAACGGAAACAACAGGAGCUCAGAAAGAAAAGAGAAGAGCGAGAGAGAUUGGAAAUAGACAUAGAGAUCCAGAGAAGACAAGAUGCAAUGAAAGAGCUGAAGAAGAGGAAAGACCUUACAAAACAGGAUUCUGAUGACAGCAAAGAAUCAAGAGAAAGACACAACUCAGAUCCUCCGGGUAGUCAGUCCCCGACAAGGAAACGAGUCGAUAGUGGGUCACUAGAUGGCUCCGACUCCAGCUCACCCAAAUCAAAAGGAAAAUGGCAAUUUGAUGUGGUGGACAAAGGAGGGGAUACAAGGAUACGAGCAAGGACAUUUAGUGGGACGAACGCGUCCAGACAACUCAUUGAAGCUUCACAUCAAAACAGCCACAGAAAGGCGAGGCUUGUUAGACAGCUGAGCGGCGGAAAGAAGGACCACGUCACUAUUAUCAAGUUCCACACCAAAGGAGAUAGGAAUGUCCACAAAGGAAGAUUACUUGGUUCUAAUCAAGAAGGGAGCAGCGUCUAUGCAGGCAUGGACGCUCAUUCAGGCGACCUUUUAACUAUCCGUGAAUGGGUGAUAAAAUGGAAGCAUGGGAAAGGAAGAAAACCUCUACCAGACGAAGAACAAGCAGCAGAAGCUUGCCUUAAACAGUGUGCUAGUGUAGAACAGGAGCUUCUGUCAUUACUUCGUCUGGAACAUGCAAACAUUGUCCAUUAUCUUGCCAUUAACUACAAUAAAGGAAAAGAAGAUAUAAAUGUUCAGCUUCUAAUGGAGUUUGUUGGUGGAGGGAACCUUUCUCAGAAGUUGGAAAACGUGUGCCUUACGUCCUUUGAUCUCUUGAGGGAGUACGCCAUCGACCUUCUCAAUGCAUUACAGUACCUACACAGCCAUGCCGUGGUUCACAAACAGCUACGAGCCUCGCAGGUUUAUGUAGAUUGCGAUGGGCGGUUACGGGUUGCUAACUACAGUAUGUGCAAGAGGUUGAAUGAGCUUGCUCAAUCAGUGAACGAAGGAAAACAGACUGUGAGAUUCAGUGACGAUAGAACGUACGGUGGAAGAGGAGGAAAGAAAGGAGACGUGCUUGAUCUGGGACUGUUAUUGCUAGGUUUAUUGCUUGGCACAUCAGAUGUGCAAUACCCAUGUGAAGUGCCGCAGGAUCUUCCGUUAGAUCUACAAGAUUUUCUGAAAAGGUGUAUAGACAUAGAUGAAAGGAGUCGUGCUAACGUCCAAUCUUUGCUUGAUCAUCCAUUUAUCAAACCAACACUAACGGACAAUCCUGAUCCUCCCAGUGUAUCAUACAGUGAAAAUAGAAUGCAAGAGGAGGAUCCUGCCCUGGACUUUCCUGGUGUUCCAACGGCUGACAUCAAUCUGGGUGUGUCUAGGCUUCAGAGUGAAUUCGAGUUCUUAACCCACCUGGGUAAAGGUGGAUUCGGAAGUGUUAUCAAGGUUCGUAACAAGCUUGAUGGUAACCUGUAUGCUAUCAAGAAGAUCUUACUCAAUCCAAAGAGCAGAGAACUUAACAAGAAGAUCACCCGAGAGGUCAAGCUACUCUCAAGGCUCAAUCAUGAAAAUGUUGUACGAUACUAUAACUCAUGGAUUGAGGUUGCAGAGGAACCGCCUUCCACUGACACCGAAGAUUCUAAAACCACAGGGACAGUGGAGACCUCACCUGAAGCCAACGGGGUCGACAGGGGCACCAGGAAGGUGCCCCUUGCUGUUAAUAGUCUCAGUUUGUCAGACAACAUUGAAGAACAGGCACUGAAACUCAGUUUGCGUAACUCUGUAGAAUGGAGUUCUUCAGGGAACAUAGGUCUGAUUGGUGAUAGCGAUGAUUCUUCUAGUGACGAUGAAGGUGUCUUUGGGAGAUCUUUCUUACCGCCGUCUGAUGAUUCAUCUUCUGAUGGGAUAGACUUUGAAAGGAGUGAUGGAGAAGAAGAAUCAGAAACUGGUCAGUCAAUAUCAAAACAUGAAUCCAAAAGGAACAAAUCCAAGUCAAAUGAGGAAGACAACUCUGAAGACAAUCCAGUAUUCUCACCUGUUCAGUAUCUUUAUAUCCAAAUGGAAUUCUGUGAGAAGAGCACUUUGAGGACUGCUAUAGAUGCUGGCAUGUAUGAUGAUAAGAGACGAUUAUGGACCCAUUUCAGGGAGAUCAUUGAAGGACUUGCUCAUAUCCAUCUCCAGGGUAUGAUACACAGAGACCUGAAGCCAGUGAAUAUCUUCUUAGAUUCCAAUGACUUUGUCAAGAUCGGUGAUUUUGGUCUGGCUACCUCGGAGCAGAUGGCUGGAGCGCUGACCAGCGAGGUCUCCUGUCAUAACAGAUUGACGGAGUCAUCGCAGUCAGGAGAAGCAACACCUGGCAACCAUAUGACGGGGAAGGUUGGAACAGCACUGUAUGUAGCACCAGAACUAUGCAAGGCACGAAGUAGCCAUUAUAACCAAAAAGUGGACCUGUACAGUCUUGGUAUAAUCUUCUUUGAGAUGUGUUAUAGAUCAUUAUCAACUGGCAUGGAGAGAGUCAAGAUAUUGGGCCAGAUCAGACAAGAGUCGAUCCAGCUUCCCGAGGACUUCGACGAGUUGCGGAACACCAACGAGACGGCCAUCAUCCACUGGCUCCUGAACCACGACCCCAAGCAGAGACCGACCUCCCACGAGCUCCUGGAGAGCAAGCUCCUGCCUCCGCCCCAGAUGGAGGAUGCCCGGCUCCAGGACAUGCUCCAUCAGACGGUGGCCAAUCGGCAAUCCAAGGGAUACCACUAUCUCAUGACGGAGCUCUUCGCUGUCGAGAGCAGGCCCGUGGCGGACUUCACCUAUGAUAUCGACAUGCAUAAGGGCUUCUCAUUGAAGAACUCUCUGACUCAACAGAUGGUCUACGACACCGUACAGCGUAUCUUCCAGAAGCAUGGAGCCGUCCGUAUCAACACUAUCAUGUUACUACCCAAGACCAAGCUGUAUGAACACAGUGAUAUGUGUGCUCACUUCAUGGACCACAGUGGAGGGAUAAUGACCUUGCCCUAUGACCUCAGGGUACCUUUUGCUAGGUAUAUAGCUCGAAACAAUGUGACAAAUCUCAAAAGGUAUUCUAUAGAGCGAGUGUUCAGAGAAAGGAAACUCUUUGGCAGUCACCCCAGAGAACUGACGGAGUGUGCUUUUGAUAUCGUCACCAACUCUAGAGGGAGCCUUCAACCAGAUGCGGAGGUCCUUCACCUUGUCACCGAGAUCAUCAAUGAAAUACCAGAACUACAGGCAAGGAACUACUCCAUCCGGCUGAACCAUACAGGUCUUCUUACGGCCAUCUUGAAUUACUGUGGAGUCCCGGAGGAGCUUCAUGGGAGUCUGUAUCGGACUCUGAAUGAGGCCAGGACUGAGAGACUGACUAAGGUUCAGACACAGACAAGGCUCUGCGGGAUGUCAUUCACUGAGCAACAGGUUGCCAGUUUAUACCAGUAUAUUGACCUUGAAUGCCCGCUCAGCAAACUGAUCACUACCCUCAAACCUCUGACCAAAGGUCAAGGUCAGAAUGCCUCGAUGGUCAAGCAAGCACUGCAUGAGCUAGAGGUCAUCAUCUCCCAGACUCAGGUUUAUGGUGUCAAGCUGGAGAUGCUGAUUAACGUGGGUUUAGUGUACAACAUCCAGAUCUUUUCAGGAGUAAUCUUCCAGUUUGUUGCCAGCAUCGGUCGUCCAAAGAAGAGGCCCACCCUGGAUGUAUUAGCAGCGGGUGGUAGAUAUGACAAACUGGUCCCAGAGUUCAAGAAGCCCCACUCCACGCAGCAGAAUGUCCCAGGUCCCCUGGCGGUCGGAAUCAGCGUGUCCUUCGAGAAGAUCAUCAGCGCGGUCCUUCAGGAAUCGCAGAGUGACAUAGUGAGCUCCUUCGUCAGGCGAACCUUUAGUGAUGUUGUUGGCAUCGACCAUAGACAUGUAGUACAGCCCUUUGAUGGCAAGACGAUGAGUGUGUGUGACAUCCUGGUUGUCUCGGUAGGCAGUAGUACCCUGAUAAGAGACCGAAUAAAGGUGGUCCGUAACCUAUGGGCGGCAGGAUUUCAUGCUGAUAUACUCUACGAUGACUCGCUGAGUCUAGAAGAAGCCCAGGACUAUUGUAGAGCAAUGGGAAUCUCUCAUCUGGUAAUCCUAAAGGAUUCAGAAACAUUGAUAAAGGUUCGUUCCUUUGACAAAGAGAAGGUCAUUGUCGAGUCAUCGGUCAAUUUCUAUAACCUUGUUGAGCAUCUUCAAAUGAAAUUCAGUAAAGUUGAGUUGACAGAGCAGAGUCCUCAGGUGACCUCUAAGAGUAAGAGUAUAUACGAUGUCAACCAAGGCAGUGGUCUUCCUCAGUAUAGGGUCGACUUCAUCACCAUGGACAAGCUGGAUAACAACGCAAGGAAGAGAUAUGAACGACAGAUCCAAGUGAGGAUAGAGUCUGUACUGGAGAUGUUUUCUUCACGCUGUAUAGUGGUGGUCAUUGCUGUUGAUCUUCCUCUGUGUGUGUUGAAGAACAUGGCUGUCAUGUUAGAUUUUGAUAGUGAUGGAAACUCAUUCCAGGCUAGUGUUUCAUCAGUAACAGAGAAAUACAACAAAUACAGGAAAUAUAUCAACAAGAUUGCUGAUGAGAUGUUCGAACUCAAACAAGAAGAAGAUGGCAACGUUCCGUUGGUGUUAUACACAUACAGAGAAGAUGGUUUCAAAGUGGUACUAUGACCGGUAUCUCUUCACAAUCAUGUAUCUUAACUGAAAUAAAGUCAUCAUUCUCCUAUUGCUUCUCAUCUUUCAGUACCUCAUGUACAUGGGAGCGUUGCUGAUUUUUCACUGACAAUGUUGCUCUGAGCCAAUCAGAUGCAAGGAUUUGAGUAGCUUAUAACAAUAGUCAGUAAAAAUCAAUUCUUUUAUGACAUGCUCCCCUGAUCUGUGACCAAGAGAAAAGGAUACAUUUUACCUCCUCACCUUGUCUGAAUGGCCGUCUGUUUAUAAAUACAACCUGUGUUUAGUGAACCAUCUGUACUAUACUUCUUAAGGAAGAAAUAUGAGGUGUGUGACCUUUACAGAAUUCCAUCUGUCAGUAGGGGUCAGCUAUGAUGUUCUACUUCGUCUGAAUCUAGGAAUGUUUAAAAACCUGUUUAUAAAGGCAACCUGUCAGCGAUGUUCAAUUCAUUUGGUAAAUUCCUUUCUUACCAAGGGACAUGGUUCACAGAAAUCUGUAUCUACCUGACUUCAUACAUACCCUUGAACAAGCUCUUUAUUUGCAACUAAAGAUUGAAAAUGUAAUCGUUUAAGUUAAUGUAUUCAGGGAGCUGUUUCAUAAAGCUGUUCAUAAGUUAAAAGUGACUGGUGAUCCUUUCUUGGAGUAAAUGAUAUUCACCAUUAAAUGCUCAUUGGUGGUUAUUUAUUGUGUAAGAAAGUUUCACCAUUUGUUCUUAAAGUCGCUCAUAACUUACGAACAGCUUUAUGAAACACCCUCCAGGUCUGUUGUACACAAUGCUGAGUAAUAAAACUCAAGGUCUCAGUUUACAUCUUGGCU